AAAUUCUUUGUUUGAUAGCGACAAACUACUUAAGAGAGAUUCCCGUAUACUCGUAAGAGGCGUUCUUCCUCUUCUUAACUCUUGUGGAGCGUCAAAUACACGCACGUAUAUGCUGCCCCCAUCAGUCCCGGAAGAGUAUUGCAGCCUCGGUACCUCCGGUACCAGAGAAAGCAGGUACCGUCAUGUUUAAAAAAAUGUUGGUAUCGACUUGGUACCGAAGUAUCGGUUCUCGUGACAUCCCUAGUACCCGACAGUUUGGGUUGGGCACGUCGACACGGGUGUUUGUACAAAAACUCCCAUGUUACACAGAGGUAUUGUGUUAAACGCGAUGUGCAAACAUUUAUUUGUGAUGGUCAAUUUUAAUUUUUGUGGCGGACUUGGAAAUAAAUGAAUAUAUGGAAAUGGAUAGCAUUCCAACGUCGCUCUUACUUCACUGCAGUAGGCAGCGCAUAUAUAACGACACGCCUACAAUCCCUCCCACUCUGUUACUAAACUCAAUGAAAAAGCUAACCAAGCCAAAGUGAAGUUAGCUGACCCGACCUGACUGUGAAGAAAGCCCUAACCACGCCCCCUUGCGUAUUACGUCAUGCACGCAUUGGAGACAUGUUCAGACAUGCAGACUCGGCAACUGAGAGUGAAAGGAGGCUAACGGGAUGGUUUAUGCAUAUUUGUAUAUGUUUUUCCCGUGUGUACUUGAUUACGGACCAUGUGUGAAUAAACAUAUACAGAUCUUCAUUUGAUUCAAAGGCUGACCUAUGCCUCAUUAUUCCGUUUCUCUAACCGGAAACAUCCACAUCCAUCUUGAGUGCAUUUUCACAUGAACCCACUGAGCGUCCUAAACGAGUUGCUGAUAAUGAUGACUACAAGACAUCUACUCAUGUAAUGCCUAGCCAUACCUCUCGUCAUGUUAACUUUGCUCCUGUGUCAUCAGUAAUUGCUCCCUCUGUAUUAUUUGCUGUACACAGUACUGAUCCAGUAUCUGAAUUAUCAUUCAGUUCUGUCACCUCAGUUGCAGAGGUAACCCACUGCAACACCGUUACAUGGUCAUCGACUCCGCUAACUAAGACACAGUCUUAUGUAAUGCCUAAGUCAGAAUAUGGUGUUCCUUUACCCUUUAACCCUACAGUGGCCAGGCCACAUCAUUAUUCAGAUACCUCUGUCACCUAUAGUCAGAUACAGGCUAUAGCUCCACUUACCAGUCCUGUAGCUUCAGGGGUUGCCUUUCAUACUCCAUCCUAUACAGACAUGAAUGGUAUCCCUCAGUUAACACCAGGAACAUUGUAUAAUACACCUCGAGGUCAAGCUGUAUUGUUCCCUACGCCUGUCCAGUCACCUGGUAUGGAAAUGUUAGCUGCAUCAGCUUAUGGAAUCCCAAAGCCUGCUAUUCCAUACUUCGAUACAGGACGGGAAAGUGACUUCGCACUACUGAAAAUGGCCUUAGACAAUGUAAUGAAUAACCAACUGCAUCUGAGUGAACAUUACAAAUAUCAGGUCCUCUUAAGUCACCUAAAACUGCCUAGUGCUCUUCAAUUGGCCAAAGCAUACAUGCACGAUCCCAGGCCAUACACCACUGCUUUACAGGCGUUGCAGGAUAAGUAUGGACAACCCCGCCAACUGGUUCAGUCUGAGUUAGGUGUCAUAUUGAAUACAUCAGCUGUAAAGUUUGGUGAUGCAGAAGCCUUUGAUGCAUUCUCCCUAUCCAUCCAAUCGUUAGUUGGGAUGCUCAGAACAUUAGAGGGCCCAAACGGGUAUGAGUUGCGCUGUGGCUCUCAUGUUGAUCGGUUACUAAGCAAGAUGCCACCGUCAUAUCGCGAUGGAUUCGUAGAGUUCUGCUUCAGUCGAGGUAUCUUGCAAACUGGUACAGACCGCACUUAUACAUUACCUGAUCUAUCUGAAUGGCUGCAAAUGAAGUCACAGGCCAAGCGCAUCUCCAAUAAAGCAGCUACACUGUAUCAAACUGACACAGCCAGACCAGUUAAGAAAGAUCAGCAAAGAUCAGUGCCAUCUCGCCCAAAAGAGAGAUCUACCUCUAUCUUGUAUUCAGCUAAUGGCAGUUCAAGUGCACAGGGACAACAGAAAUCUUACACUUCCUCGAAGAUUCAGCCUUACUGCCCGUACUGUAACAACAAGGAACAUUUCCUGAAUGCGUGUCCCACAUUCAAGACAAUGAACACAGAGCAAAUAACACAGUGGAUAUCCAAAGAAAAGCGUUGUUGGAAAUGUGGUCGUAAGCACACUUCAGAUAGCUGUACUCUGAAACGUACAUGUUCAACCUGCAAAGAGUUACAUCUGACCAUCUUGCAUAAUGCAGCAUUACAGAUCCAACAGAGUGUGCUGUUAGUUAAUGUUCCUUCCCCCCAGGUCUAUUUAGAUCGGCCCAACCGAUCUCAAAAGGUAAUGCUAAAGAUAGUCAAGGUCUUACUGCACAACCAAGAGAAAGUCAUGGAAACAUACGCUGUAUUGGAUGACGGAUCAGAGUGUAGCAUUGUACUUUCACAAGCCGUGAAACAAUUGAACCUUACCACUGAGCCUGAAAAACUCACUCUACGCACGGUUCAUCAGGAUGUUGUUAACCUGCACGGAGCUACUGUUUCCCUACAUGAGUCACCCUUAAAUAAACCAGGCACGAAAUAUCUGAUUGCCCAUGCUUUCACUGCAGAUAACCUGAGACUUUCCGAGCAUACUUACCCAGUGGUUUCUCUUCAACGCAAGUAUGAGCAUAUUAGGUCUUUGCCAUUACCCUUGAUUGACCGAGCACAACCUCUGUUGCUCAUCGGGUCUGACAUGCCUCAUCUACUCAAUCCAGUUCAGCCAGUGCGCAUGGGACCUACAAGUGCACCGAUUGCUAUUUGUACCAAACUUGGUUGGACCCUCCAAGGCCCAGUGGGCUUUAAUCAAACCACUCUUACCACAAAACAAUGUUUCCACAUAUCCACAACCACAUCGAAUACGGAGUUAUUCAAGAAUGUGGAACGCCUCUGGCAAAUCGAUACACUGCCUUACAUAAAUGAGAAAACAGCCACUCGGUCCAAACAAGACCAAUAUGCUAUCACUCUGCUCCAGACACAUACCACAAGAGUAAACGUUGAUGGAGUAAUGCGAUACGCCACACCCUUGCUCAGAAGAUCUAACGCUAAGGUUCUAAAGGCCCCUAAAGAAGCAGUGAUGGCAAACCUCAGAAGCACUGAGCGUAAACUUUCCAAAGAUCCUAGACGAGCGGAGUCUUACUGUUCAGAAAUGAUAAAACUGCAGCAAUCUGGUUAUGUGGCAGAGAUAUCAACACAAGAAGCUGAACAAUCCAUGGAAUCAUGGUACAUUCCUCACCACAUGGUGACACAUAACAACAAGGACAGAAUUGUUUUUAACUGUUCUUAUUCAUACCAAGGCCAAGCUCUAAAUGACAUCCUUCUGCCAGGGCCUGUUCUCGGUCCGUCUUUACUAGGUGUUUUGCUGAGGUUCCGUGAAUAUCCUGUGGCCAUCAGUGGGGAUGUGAAGGGCAUGUUCCAUCAGGUUCGCCUUUUACCCAGUGAUAAACCUAUAACGCGCUUCCUGUGGAGAGACAUGCAGAGAACAGAACAACCCAAGAUCUACGAAUGGCAAGUCUUACCAUUCGGCACAACUUGCAGCCCAUGCUGCGCCAUAUAUGCACUCCAGGAAACUGCAAAUAACCAUCCUGAUGUUGAACCAGUUCUGGCGAGAACAGUCAAAGAUUCCUUUUAUGUAGACAACUGUCUUCAUAGCCUUCCAACUGUUGCUGAAGCUAGAGCACUGGUAGACGAUCUACGACAACUUCUACUCACCUGUGGGUUCGAACUGCGUCAAUGGGCCAGUAACAGGCCAGAAGUUAUCCAGCAUCUUCCCUCUGAUGCAAGGUCACCAAAUAGUGAACUCUGGUUAUCACAGAAGAGUACUGACCUUCUAGAAGGUACACUUGGACUACUUUGGAACUGCCUCAGCGAUUCAUUCAGUUACAAACCCAGCCAAUUUAGUUGCCUUGAACCAACUUUGAGAAACAUCUACAAAGUUUUGGCAUCUCAGUAUGACCCCCUGGGUUACUUAAUCCCAUUCACAACCCGAGCUAAAGUGCUGAUUCAGGAUCUGUGGAAGGACAAUGUCGGAUGGGAUGAUCUAAUCAAAUCUGAUCACUUACUCACCAGAUGGCAGGACUGGCAACAUGAGCUCCAAAGUUUAAAUCGGAUUGCAAUCCCACGAUGCUACACAUCAUUUGAGGAUCCUGGAGAUAUUCUCAGUCGAGAUCUACACAUAUUUUGUGACGCAUCUGAAAGGGCUUAUGGCUCAGUAGCCUACAUGCGAACAGAGAACAAUGAUGGACAUGUACAUGUCUCAUUUGUGUUGGCCCGUUCACGAGUUGCCCCUCGGAAGCAAAUGACGAUUCCGCGAUUGGAAUUGAGUGCAGCACUUAUAGGAGCACAGGUUGCCAAACUUCUACAAACUGAACUAACUCUCAACAUUGAUCAUGUUACCCUCUGGUCAGACUCAUCUACCGUCCUACAGUGGCUGAAAUCGGAUUCAUGCAGAUACAAAGUCUUUGUUGGAACCCGGGUUGCAGAAAUACAGUCACUCACUGAUAUUGAUACCUGGAGGUAUGUUAAUUCAGGGAACAACCCAGCUGAUGUCAUAACACGUGGCCAAUCACUUAAGGAUUUAAUCCUUCCUUGUUGCUGGAGUAAUGGACCAGAUUUCUUACACCAGCCAGAGUCAUGCUGGCCAUCUUUACCGGCAGUUGAAACUGAGCCAGAAUCAGAGUUGAAGAAGUCUGCAAUUUGCCUUAAUGUAUGCACCAGUUCAGACAUUGCCCUACCUGAUAUCAGUCAGUAUACUACCUGGACUGAAUUAUUAAAGGCAACAGCGACCUCCCUUCACGGGGCGGCUACCCCUUCCACACAAUCAACAGAUGAUUCGUUAAACUUCAUCUUAGCAGAGAGGCUCCUCUUACAACAGGCUCAGAAAGAUUCCUUCCCAGAGGAAUUUAAGGCUCUUGCUUCAGACCGACCAUUACCAUCCAACAGUAGAUUGGUAUCACUAUCACCCGAGUUUGAUAAGAUCAGUGGACUUAUCAGGGUUGGUGGGAGACUACGACAUGCCAAAGAUAUGGAAUUGGACGCCAUACACCCUAUCGUGCUUGAUCCACAGCACAGCCUAACCAAGCUGGUUUAUUAA